AUGGCGGAUAAAGACAGCGUGGAGAAAUAUCUGGACAAUAAUCCGCAGUUUGCCAAAGAGUACUUUGACAAAAAGGUGCGGGCGGAGGCCCUGACCGCCGCUUUCUCCGCCACCCUCCAGGUGAAGGACACGGCUUCUUUCAAGGAUGUUAACUCGGUGCAGGAGGCCGCCAUCAUUUUCGAGUUGGUGCAGGCCAUGCAGAAGCAAGGCACAGUGGAGGAGUCGCUCCACAAAGUGUUGCAGAGGGUGGCCCUUAUCUUGCAGGCCGACAGAGUCAGCUAUUACGUAUGUAGGUCCAGGAACGGGACCCCUGAACUGGCCACGUCCCUUUUCGACGUCACCCCGACUUCCAAAUACGAGACAAACCUGGUGCACCCCCAGACCGAGAUUGUCUUCCCCCUGGAGAUGGGGAUCGUGGGAUUUACCGCUUCCUCCAAAAAGCCGCAAAAUGUUCCCGACGUUUCCCAGAAUAAAAAGUUCAGCGACUUUGUGGACAAGCAGACGGGCUACAAGACCAAAUGUAUGCUGACGCACCCGCUCAUGGCUGACAAGGAGUGCCUGGGAGUGGUGACGGCGCUCAAUAAGAUCGGAGCUCCUCACUUCACAGCCGAGGACGAAGCGCUCUUCCACAAGUACAUGACCUUCGCGCACGUCAUCGCCCUGCAGCAUCACACUACCUACAUGUUCAACGUGGAGUCUAGGAGGAGUCAGGUGCUGCUGUGGUCUGCCAGUAAAGUUUUUGAAGAGUUGACUGACAUCGAGAGGCAGUUCCACAAAGCGCUCUACACCGUCAGGACCUACUUGCAAUGCGAGCGAUACUCAGUGGGCCUCUUGGAUAUGACCAAAGAGAAGGAAUUCUACGACGAAUGGCCGGUGAAACUGGGAGAUGUGGAACCUUACAAAGGCCCGAAAACGCCAGACGGAAGGGAAGUCAUCUUUUACAAGAUCAUCGACUACCUCCUGGAGGGCAAGGAAGAAAUUAAAGUCAUACCGGGUCCUCCAGCAGAUCAUUGGGCUCUGGUUAGCGGACUUCCCACCUACGUGGCAGAGAACGGCUUUAUUUGCAACAUGAUGAACGUGGCCGCAGAUGAUUUCUUCACUUUUCAGAAAGAGGCGGUGGACGAGACGGGUUUUGUCAUCAAAAAUGUGUUGUCGCUGCCAAUCGUCAACAAAAAGGAGGAAAUUGUGGGCAUCGCCACGUUCUUCAACCGGAAAGACGGAAAGCCAUUCGACGAAUACGACGAGCAGAUCACUGAGGCGCUGACCCAGUUCCUGGGGUGGUCUGUGCUCAACUGCGACACCUACGACAAACUCAACCACAUGGAGCACCGGAAAGAUAUCGCUCAGGAGAUGCUCAUGUACCAGACCAAGUGCACGACCGAUGAGCUGCAGUCCAUCCUGAACACUAAAGAAAAGUUCAAUAGUGAGCCUGAGGACUGUGACCAAAAGGAAAUGUACAAACUAUUGAGAGCCACGUGCCCGACGGCCGACAAUGUCAAUGGCGAGAACUUGUACUCGUUCGCCUUCAGCGACUUCCCCGUGUCUGAGUUCGACCUGAUCAAGGCCGGCAUUCGCAUGUUCUUUGAGCUUGGGGUCGUGGAGAAGUUUAAAGUUCCCGCAGAGACAUUGACCAGGUGGAUGUACACAGUGAGGAAGGGCUACCGUUCUAUCACCUAUCACAACUGGCGGCACGGCUUUAACGUGGGACAUACCAUGUUCUGCCUGCUUCAGACAGGAAAGCUGAGGAAAUACUACUCGGACCUGGAUGCCUUCGCCAUGGUGGCCGCCGCGUUCUGUCACGAUAUCGACCACAGAGGCACAAACAACCUCUACCAGACCAAGAGCGCAUCUCCUCUGGCCAAACUUCACGGCUCGUCCAUUAUGGAGAGGCACCACUUGGAGUACAGCAAGACGCUCAUGGGCGAGGAGAGCUUGAACAUCUUCUGCAACCUUCAGAAACGGCAGUUCGAAACCGUGCAGCAUCUCUUUGACGUCUGCAUCAUUGCCACCGAUCUGGCGCUUUACUUCAAGAAAAGAACCAUGUUCCAAAACAUCGUAAACGCCACCGAGCCCAUGACGGAUGAAAAGGAGUCUACGGCUUUCGUCUCCAACAAUCCCACCCGGAAGGAGAUCGUCAUGGCCAUGAUGAUGACCGGCUGUGACUUGUCAGCCAUCACCAAACCCUGGGAAGUACAGAGCAAGGUGGCGCUGAUGGUCGCCGCGGAAUUCUGGGAACAGGGAGAUUUGGAGAGGACGGUUUUGGACCAGCAACCCAUUCCCAUGAUGGACAGGAACUGUGCUGAGCAGCUACCCAAGAUGCAGUGCGGUUUUAUUGACUUUGUCUGCUCGUUUGUGUAUAAGGAGUUUGCCCGCUUCCAUAAGGAGAUCCAACCCAUGUUUGACGGCCUGAACAACAACCGCGCCCACUGGAAUGAACAAGCCGAGGUGUACAACGCUAAGAUGAAGGCCAUUGAGGACGAGAAGAAGAAACUGGAGGAGGAGGAAGCCAGGAGAGCUGGUGGUGGCGACAGCAAGUCAAAAACGUGCACCAUAUGCUGA